AUGUCAAUGAAUCCCGAAGCAUUGCAAAAACUCCUUUCGGAGAUGAAUUUAUCACUUCAAAAGAACCAGGCAGAGUACCAGAUGGUGAAUGUUCAAUUACAGCGACGCACCAACAAUAUUAAACUCAAUGAAUUGACCAUAGACGAACUUUGCGACGAGAAAACUAAGAAACUCGUCCAUGAAAAAGUCUGGAAAGGUGUUGGUAAAGCAUUUGUGACAAUGAAGGGGGAAGACUAUAUCGAAGAAUUGACUAAAGAAAAUAAGGACUUGAAAGAAGAAAUCAGGGCGUUGGAAAUUAAGAAGAAUUAUGUCGAGACGACAUUGAAUAAUACUGUUGAUGGAAUGACCAAGAUUUUCCAAAAGAAGUGA